AUGGACGUGGCGGACCCCCAGCCGCUGGGCCUCUUUCCCGAGGGCGAGCUGAUGUCGGUGGGCAUGGACACCUUCAUCCACCGCAUCGACUCCACCGAGGUGAUCUACCAGCCGCGCCGCAAGCGCGCCAAGCUCAUCGGCAAGUACCUGAUGGGGGACCUGCUCGGGGAGGGCUCGUACGGCAAGGUGAAGGAGGUGCUGGACUCCGAGACCUUGUGUCGCAGGGCGGUGAAGAUCCUCAAGAAGAAAAAGCUGCGCAGGAUCCCCAAUGGCGAGGCCAACGUCAAGAAGGAGAUCCAGCUGCUGCGGCGGCUGCGGCACCGGAAUGUGAUUCAGCUGGUGGACGUGCUGUACAAUGAGGAGAAGCAGAAGAUGUAUAUGGUGAUGGAGUACUGCGUGUGUGGCAUGCAGGAGAUGUUGGACAGUGUGCCAGAGAAGCGCUUCCCGGUGUGCCAGGCCCAUGGGUACUUCUGCCAGCUGAUUGACGGCCUGGAGUACCUACACAGCCAGGGUAUUGUGCACAAGGACAUCAAGCCGGGCAACCUGCUGCUCACCACCAACGGCACGCUCAAGAUCUCCGACCUGGGUGUUGCCGAGGCCUUGCACCCUUUUGCUGUGGACGACACCUGCCGGACCAGCCAGGGCUCCCCAGCCUUCCAGCCCCCUGAGAUCGCCAACGGACUCGACACCUUCUCAGGCUUCAAGGUGGACAUCUGGUCAGCUGGGGUCACACUCUACAACAUCACCACAGGCCUGUACCCGUUCGAGGGAGACAAUAUCUACAAGCUGUUUGAGAACAUCGGGAGAGGGGACUUCACCAUCCCCUGUGACUGCGGCCCACCACUUUCUGACCUGCUCCGAGGAAUGUUGGAGUACGAGCCAGCCAAGAGGUUCUCCAUUCGACAGAUCAGGCAGCACAGCUGGUUCCGGAAGAAACACCCACUGUCUGAAGCACUAGUGCCCAUCCCGCCGAGCCCAGACACUAAGGACCGCUGGCGCAGUAUGACAGUGGUCCCCUACCUGGAGGACCUGCAUGGCCGUGCGGAUGCGGAUGCGGAUGCGGAUGAGGACUUGUUUGACAUUGAUGAUGGCAUCAUCUACACCCAGGACUUCACAGUGCCUGGUCCUGGAAGAGGAAGUGGGUCAAAAUGGACAGAGCCGCAGCCUGCCCAAAGCUGUGUGUGUCAAUGGCACAGAGCCCCAGCUCAGCAGCAAGGUGAAGCCGGAAGGCCGGUCCGGCACCGCCAACCCUGCUCGCAAGGCAUGCUCCAGCAACAAGAUCCGCCGGCUCUCAGCCUGCAAGCAGCAGUGACUGCAGCGUGCAGUCUGCCACCCGGACCCCCGAGCAGGUGCCUCAGCAAGGCUGCGGUUCUUGGGCCCACCCAUCUGACACUCGGACGUUGGAGCCGAGGGCGGAGUCCGCCCCAGAAGCACUUUAUGUCGAGACCACUGGCCGGCCUCGCCCGCAUGCCGCCCCGCGAGCCUUGCUGCCUUUGGGUUGGUUCAUUUUUUUUAAUAAAACAGGUGGAUUUGAGCCGUGGCUAUGAGAGUGUUUGGAAAUGUGGAGCAGGCGGGGCGCAUGGUGACCUGCAGAAAAGACCCAGAGCGAGCGAAUAUGCAGAGACAUUUAUGAUCAACCAGACAACACAACUACCCACAGAGGGCAGGGAGUGGGCGGGCACUCACAGCGAGGCCGCCCUAUAUUUUGGCAAUAAAUAAAGCUUGGGAAACUUGAA